UAAACUGGAACACCAUAUGAAAGCUCAUGAAGCUGGUGGAGGUCUGUGUGACUUGUGUAAUAGGUUUUUCUCCGGAACAAGAUUAGUCUCGAUGUCCACAAGAUGAUGCAUGAGGCUCUAGAAGCAGCAGGGGUAGAUCUGGGCAAUCCUAAAGGGUUGCUGAUACGAGAGCAGUUGGAGUACACGUGCCCAUGUUGCAAGAAGACGAUCGGGACUGUGGAGCAGCUACGGCAGCACAUUAAGCAUCACUUUGAUGAAAGGAGGUUCAAAUGUACUAUGUGCGAUAUGGCCUUUUUCAACAAGUAUUACUUGGAGACACAUAUAAGAAUCCAUAACAAGGACUUUAGAUUUCAAUGUGAUCAGUGUCCGAGGAAAUUCGCCUCAUCCAACUUUCUGAAUAAUCAUAUCAAGAAGAUCCAUCUGAAAGCUGACAGGGGUAGAUUUCCUUGUGAUAUUUGUAAGAAGAUUUUCAGAACGAAGGCAGGUGUUGCCAGUCAUAAAAGGCUGCAUAAAGACCGUGUGCGUAGUCAUCCCUGUGAUCAGUGCGCUAUGAGCUUCUUCUCUCCAUCCGAACUAAAGGCACAUAAGCAGACUCACUCCAAACAGAGAGCGUUUAUGUGUGACCUCUGUGGCAUGAGUUAUAAGACCAAGUAUAUGUUAAGGGAUCACAUGCUCAGGCAUGAAGGACGGAAGGACUUUAAGUGUGAACUGUGCGGAAAAGAGUUCUACCUGAAAGCGUAUUUGCAGAUUCAUCUGAGGAAUCACAAAAACGAGCGGAAUUUUAAGUGUGACAUUUGUGACAAGGGUUUCAAUCAUCCUAAUUCUCUUGUUGACCACAAGCGAAUUCAUACUGGUGAGAAACCAUACAAGUGUCAGAUCUGUGAUCGGAGGUUCACAGACAGGUCAGCGAGGAGAACACAUCAAAUGUCCCACAAGAUGUCCUCAAAGAAGAAUAAGGGCAAAGAUGAUCUGUGAUCAGCAGAUCACAGACUGUUAGAGGAAGCCACUGAUGUCAUACUAGAUGUCCACAGGCACAAGCAAGGAUGAACGUGAUCUAUGUGUUAGUGGUAGGCACUAAUGUCCCUCAAGAUGUCCAUGGACAUGAUCAAGGUCAAGGUCA